AUGAGGAAUGAAACAAUUUUCCAAUAUCUACCUCCAGGUCCGAAAGAGGCGAUCCACAGAGCUCAACUUAACUGGGGAGAACAAUCCCUUAUCCACUCCAAGAAACAGAGUAACAUCCGUACUCCAGUACAGCAGGACCGGUAUCUAGCUCAGCAAUGGCAUCUGCCGCCACUGAGUUUGAUAAAAUUCACCUUUAAGCUUAGCUCCAAACUUGCUUCAAUUGGUGUCAUUGGCAGAGAUUCUAACGACGUGCUAAGAGAGGGAAUAUCCAAACUUGUUCCUGUGGUAUCAGCCAUCUAUUCAGAGGUCGCCGCUGUUCGAGGAGCCUGUUUGGUGGUCGUUACUCUCCAAUGCUUCCAUACUACAAUAGAGAGUGAUUAUCAAAGUCUCAUUUUACUCUGUACAAGAGAGGAUGGUCCGCCAUGGGAAAUUGCAAACUUUGUUGAAGACAUCAUAGCAAUAGCUUGA